CGUAACAGUAAAAUCGCUAGUGUUAGAUGUUAGUGCGGAAGGUUCGAUUUAAUAAGUGAUUUACUUGAACAAACAUUGUGAAAAGUGUUUCGAUUAGAGUUAUAAUUUAUUCACAAUAAGACGUUGGAGUGGAGUUGCGUUUGCGGCAACCUCGCACAAUGCAGGAGAUUUGGGAAGCUGAAACAGCUGAAAAUUUAGUUGUGCGGCAAAUCCUGAUGCGAGCGGACGGAGACGUAGACUCAGUAAUUUCGAAAUUGUACGUCAUAAUUUUCGUAAAGUGGCCGGUGAAAAUUAUUUCAAUAUAUUUUUAUCGGGAUAAAAGUGUUUAUAGUUUUAUUGAAUCGCCUUUUCGGAGAUAUCUUUCUAACUUUCAGUCAACCAAUCAUUUCCAGACCGAAAUAUUUUCAUCGCGUAGUGCUAAAAAUAGUUUCAUUCAAACAAAAGUGCUAAUGUUGGUGAAGUGCUGAGUGCUGUUAAAUUCACUUUAUAGUUUAUUUUUCAAAGAACGUAGAGUUUAUUGAGUUUAAUUGUGUUUAAGUUCUUAUUUUGGAUGAAAGUGUUCCUGAUGAUAUCUGUAAAAUGGGAAGGAUUAUUUUUAUGGGGAGCAUCACAUCUGCUGUUAUUUAUCUAUGUAUUUCUACUAACUUUCACCGUCAGCGGUAGUUCAGUGUCAACACAACUUGUUCCCAGAAAAGGCAUCGGUGAUAGAUUAUCCAGAGAUACGACAGAAACGCCUGUCACUCUUAAUCUUUUUCCGGAGGAACCAGUUCAAGAAGCUUGUAAGCCAUUUGUCAAUGUCACAAAUAACCAAUUUUUCAGUCCGGGUUAUCCUGGCGAAACUUACACGAAUAAUACGAAUUGUUUCCUUGUGGUUCAAGCUCCUCCAGGAUAUCUAGUGAAACUAGAUUUUCGGGAUUGGUUUGAAUUGGAAUCCAGCCCAGGAUGUAAACACGAUUAUCUAGAAGUACGUGAUGGUGCUCAUGGCUUCAGCAACUUACUCCAUAAUCUAUUUUGUGGUAGGAAUUUUCCUCCAAUGAUAACAUCGAGUGACCGCUAUCUCUGGAUCCAUUUUAGAUCGGAUGAAAAUAUAGAAGGCAAAGGCUUCAGGGCAGUGAUCGAGUUCAUAGAGCGGCCGGCUAAUUUGAGAAUACCAGAAGCUAUGCCUUGUGUUAUGACUAUUGAGAACGAAGUGGAAGGAGAAUUUGGUAAAGCCGAUAUAGAUAACAAUACGAUGGAUUUUUACAAAGACAAUGACAUGCCUAUUGAUUGUCUCUGGUCAAUUACAGUUGAAGAAAAUUGGAAGAUAUAUCUCCAGUUUUCCGAAUUCAGUUUGGAAAAACCCAACGACUGUACUAUGAACUUCAUUCAGGUAUUUUCUGGUAAAACUGACAUGUCUAACAUUGACCAGGAGUUUUGUGGCUCAGUAGCUGACACGGUAAAUUCUAAAGUAAAUCGGAUGUUUGUCAGGUUUUUCUCGGAAUCAAAAGGAACGAAAACUCUUUUUCAAGCGAAUUUUACGGCUUUUAGAGAGCAAGGCACAGCUAAAAAUGUGAAGUGCAAUGAAGGAAAAGAAUUUGACUGUGAAGACGCUACGUGCAUCGAUAUUAGUUUGAAAUGUAAUGGCAAAUAUAAUUGUCGAUUUCGGUGGGAUGAAGAUGAUUGUGUGACCUCCCAAUCGAUGACGUGGUCAGGAGAACACAUUAUCAUCAUCAUGGUGAUAUUUUCUUUAAUACUGACUGGAAUGUGUAUAACAUUCAUAUAUAAUUGUAUAACUAAACUAAUUAGGGAUCAUCGGACAAUACAGGAAUAUAUUCGUCAAAGCCGUGAGCAGCAACUCAAUGAAUUAGAAAAACAGGACAACGGCGACAAAAGAUCGUCGAAGUCUCGUUCGCGGAGUCAUAGUUCACCCAGUGUUGAUUCAUCUAAUAGAUAUGACGCCGACAUUAAUGUUGCUACAUCCGUAGCUCCGUGCUACGUUCCAGGCGGCGACGUCCUUCCAAUUCUGAUCAGGAAUGAACACAGUAUGAGCCCUUCAAACGGGGACGCUUACAAUACCAAUAUCUAUACAGUGGAUAGUGAUAUUAUUCCUCAAAUGUGCGACACGGCUUGUCAAACACGUGAAAGCCUUUUCACAACUCAAGGUUACAGCUCUGGAAACUCCACACCUAGUCACAGUAUUCACACAAACUCCCCACCAGCACCUUUCAGCACAUUUGGCUAUAAAAAAGAAGCCAAAUAUAAAGCUGAAGCAAAAAUCGAAAUGAAUAAACACGAAGAUAAAAAGCGUCCUUAUAGUGUACAAACGACAAAAUCAGCUCCAGAUGUCAUCGUUACUCACUGACAAAUGCAAAAAGCCGCUUGGGAACCAUAUCGAAGACGGUACCCUCGGCAUUCUGGUACUCAUGUCUCCUUCCAGGAGACUUUAGGAACGGAAGGGACUCAAACGUAUGAAACUGAUUUUUAUACAUAAAACAUGUAGGACAUAUUCUAAUGAUAAUGAAUAUCUAUAUGAUUUAAAUUGUGAAAGGUAUGCAGGUGUUAACUAAUUUUCAACGUUGUGUUAUUCAUUUAUUUCAAAAUUAAUAAUUUCGAUAAUUAUUGCAUAAUUUUUGAAUAUUUAAUGAAUUUUUUGUUAUUAUUUUGUUGUUUUUGAAAUUAAAUUGCAAGCAAAACAAAAAAGUUACUUUUAAUAUUUUAAUUUACAAUUAAAAAAUUAAAUUUGAACGUCUCAUUUUUUUAGAACUUUCAUAGACGAAUAUGGAAGAAAUUUUUAUGGUGAUAAUAAUUAUUCAUCAUUUACAUUUACAAAAAAACUAUCUACAUAAUUAAAAAAAUUAAAAUUGAUAUACCUAGUAAAAACAUAUGUUUUUAUUUCUUUGUUUGUUUUAAUAGUUCAACUGUUGUCAGUAUCAGUAUCAUAUUUAGCUCCUAUAACCGAACGAAAAAGGAUAGGGAAUUCUAAGAGUGGUAUGUUACUGUGAUAAAGAAAGUUUAAUUGAACGAAACAACAUGGUGAAAGAACUAUAAUUGCUUAAAGCAUAGUAGGGAGAAUUGUGGGAAUCGUGUAGGAUGCUCCAAAAUCUGUUCCACCAGAAAUAAGCGACAAUGCAAAGUUUAAUGAUUUGCUGUCAUUAGAAGACAACCCUCACGCAACUACAACAGAAAUUGCCUCACAACUAAAUUCUAGAAGUAGUUUGUGAUAAAGGUUUAGGAAAGAAAAAUUCAACUGGUUAAUGAGCUUUUAGGAAAAAAUCUGGACAAGCUUUUGAAAUUUUGUGAAAUCUUCAUAAGGCAUUGUGAUGGAAAUCAAAAUUUUCUUAAUCGUGUGGUAUUAUCUGGAAAGGUUACGGUAUAGUAAAUCGACACAAUUAUCGUUAAUAGGCUCAUGGAAAUCCCUAUUUGACUAAAAAACAACCAGCUCCCUCAAAAAAUUAAAGAUUGAGUAAAAUUCAUUAUGUGAAGAUUUAUUUGUCAAAAUAUUUUUUUCACAGAAACUAAUAGAUUAGGUUAUACUAUAUAGUUCACAUUUCAUCAAGGAAACUCAACGCAGAUACCAGCUUCAUCAUAAGAUUUAUUGAAAUCAGUAUAGCCAAAACUUUUUUUACAAACUUCUCAUCUAUUUACCUACCCAAUCAAUUGAAAAUUUAAGGUAUCUUCGAUACAUAAAACACGGAAAGGGGUACAUACGAUUAUAGACUAGAUACAAACACCGGUAUGGUGUGGUUUGUGGUUAGCAUGACAACAGUGUGAUGACAAUUGUGUCUAAUUUUUGUUCAGUAACGCCUCGUAAAGUAAUCCAAAGUACACCCAGAAGCUGUCAUGGGUGACGUUAACCACUUCGAAAAAACAGUUUUACACAAGGCUUUUUAAAACGCUUGACAUUUGCAUCGUCAAAAAGGAAGGAUAAACUAAGUUAAGAAUAUAUAUACCUUUCAACCUUCUAGUGAAAAAGAAUAUCAAACGCGACCCAGUAAAACGAAAUCCCAACAGGAUUUUCCAUUUAAGAUGUAACGGAACAAACAAAUAAAUUGUUUGUUAAAUAAAACAAUUCCGUUGAGGAGAUGCUAAAUAGAGAGUUCAAAUUUUUUGUAAGAGAUGCAACAUAAAAUUAUAGAAAAAGAUUUCCAUAGUAUGUAAAUUUCUAUUAAUGAAUAAACUAAUACUUUCCAGCACUUCUUUUCUACUUUUAUACAUUUAGAAAAACAUUUCAUAUUUUCUAAUCUAACUUCCUAAUAAUUUGUUAUCGUCAAUUAAUAUUUUCUGAUAAUCAAGAGAAAUUAGAAAAAAAAUAAUUACAGUAGUAUGUGGGUUAAUAAAUAUUACAGCUAAACAAAAUGACUGUUGCUUGAUCGGAUUCAAAAAAUUGGUGAUAGUUUAUAGAAUCAGUAAUUUCAAGUUCAAGCUUUUGGCGUAUUCUAGAUGCUAUCCGCCAUAGAAAAUAAAUCCAUCAGUCAAAACAGAUGUUGAGUUAAAUAUUUCUCUUGUAGAGCGAGUUUUCAAUGUCAUCUUAUCACUAUUCAGUUAUAACUUUUGCCAUGGUAAACUAAAUAUUAUUACAAUAGGAAAAGCGUAGAGUUUGUUCUAAAUUUUCCCAAAAUGAAACACCAUUGAAAAUAGUGCACUGUUUUUUAGAUUCAAAUACCACCAACAUCAAGUAAUCUUUUUCCGAUUUAUGUGGACAGAUCAAUUGAUCACCUAUAUACCUCAAACUUCAAACUCAAACAAAAUAAAUAAAGGUAACACAAAAUUUCGUGGAAAAAGAAUGUUUUUUGUGAAAGAAAAAAAUAAAAAACAUAAAACUCAGUUUUUUUUAAUUAUACACUUUAAUUUUGAGGUAAUUUGAAAAAAGUGAGAAUGAAAAAGUUGUAGAUUUUUUUACUAACUAUAAUUUUUCCGGAAAUCGAGUUAAACCAGUCUUUAUCCUUAAUUUUACCUUCAAUUUUGAUCAUAUUGUCCUCCUUUCCUAAUAGGUUUCAUCCUACUAUUAUUUUUUUUCACUUUCAGUAUGUUAAACACCAAUUUGAACUUUAACACUAGACUAUUAUAAUGAAUACUGCCAAAUUUUGAUUUUUAUGUGACUAACAUAGUAUAUUUUAUUAUUUCAUUUUCCUAAUAGAAGAUACUGGUUGAAGGCCUUAAUAUGAGUACAGAAACCAGAUCUGACGUUACAAGGAAAUUCAUAAGAUUCUGGAUAUUUAUUGUUAGAACACCGUCAGCAUCUUGUUGCCUUCAUAAUCAUCUAAAAUUGUUUAUAUUCAUAAAACUUAACUUCGUAAAAACGAUAGACGACGAAGGAAAAACUUGGUAUUUGAAUAAUAUUCAUUAUAUUGGAUGUCACAAUCAGACCAUGAUGUACAAUUGUUUUAGGAUGAUUAGAUCAGAGGAAAUUCGAGAGAAGUUUGACUAUUAUAUUUAAUAUAUCGUAACAAAAUCUGACUUGUAGUUUAUAGAAGUAAUUUUCACUUAUCGUAGAAGUUAUAGAAGAAAUUUCAUUUAAUAUAAUUAAAACUUUCCAAAACUCUUGAAAAUUGGUUAACUCACCUGCAGACUUCAUUUGUAAUACACUUCGACUGUGAAAGCCUUUUUAAAUUAUCAGUUUUUAGGUUUGUUUGAAUAUCUGACAAUCGAUGUAAAUUUGUAAAUGAGUCGGAUGUAUCAAUCAGUAUCAAUAAUUAUAUUAAAAGGUCGUACCAAGAUUUACAUGAACGGCAUUCAUGACCACUCGGCUCCUUCAUAAAAAACAUUUGUCUUAAAGUACCUUUACAUAUCACUCAGUUUACGACAAUUUAUUCACAUGAAUUUUGUAUCGAGUUUCGAUGUAUUCCAAAAGGAAAAACUCAAUUUAUAAAGGUAUUUCUUCAACUAUAAUAUUCUUAUACAAAUUUUUCCACAUCAAGAGAUAAAAUUCUUCAAAUUGUAUCAAAAAAAGAAAAAAUUCAUUACCUACAUUCUCCACUUACAGUGACGGUAGGCGAUGUCGUGGACGCUAUGCCUGGCGUCGUAGUAAAUGCAAACGGUAAUCGGUAACGGUGAAGCACGACCUUCCGGGAUAAACUGUACCAGACGGCGUCUUUCUUCGUCCACGGUACCAGGAAUCACUACUCUGGACUUAACUAAUUCCACUUUCUAUUUCUCUUUUCUCAGAAAGUAUACCCAUAUCCAUCCGAAACGAUUGAUUUCUCCUUCUGCGGCGGGUUCUGGGCGGCGGUAGCUUCGUCCGGGAUGUUAGCAAGCACGAUUUUCUUCGUAGACAUCUUCUCAGGUCAACAAAUUGGGAAGUCUUAUUUGUUUGAGGGACACCUGGAUGUCACACGGUACGGCGGCCCUUUUCCUACGUUGAUAAUACAGGCCUUAUGUUUUUUAGCUUGCUGAAUCCAAAUAUGAUGCUUAAAAAGUUGUAUCACCCACCAUUUAUUUACAUUUUAUAGUUACAUUCAUGAAAUCAAGCAUCAUUAUUAGAAUUUAACAGCUUUUUUAUAGUUAAAAUAAAAUUGAAAAAAUAGGUCUAAUGAACCAAGACCGACUCCAUACCUAACUAGAGAUAUUUAAGGAACGAAGAUGAUGUUGGUGGUACCUACUGCUGAAACCCAUGCUAAACAGCUGAUGUUUAGUUUAGUUGCAACCUAACUUCAGAUUCACGUUUCCGUUUUUUGUAUGUACAUGUGCUCAGUGCAAUGCCUAAUCGCGGUUGUAAAAACUCUGCUGACAGUUUUGGUUAUAUUUGUGGUGAGUUUGUUAUUAAAAAAUACCAAAAAAACAUUACAGACAUUGUAAAAAGGUUUAUCUAGCGUACUUUGGAACUAAACUUGGAGAUCAGGAUAAAUCUCGGGCGCCGCAUAAGAUUUGUUAUAUAUGUGUCGAAGACUUU